AAGGGUGAAUCUCAUUUCUCUGUCUUACCCCUUCCCCUUCCCCUACCCCUUCGUCUGUGUCUUCCCCUUGCCCCUCGAUACCGAGAGAAAGGGGGUAGGGGUGAGAACGUUCCCCUAAGAAAUGAGACACCACUCGAUAACUGGUUGCGUCAUCAUCCCUUGCCGCUAGCUGGCUGCUACGUCAACAGAGGCGACAAGUGUUGACAUAAACGAAGAUGCCGUCGUCUCAGGUCGUGAUAUCGAUUGCCUGGGCUCUCUUUAUCUUUGCACGCUUGGGUGCCAUCAGUCAAAGACAUAGAAGAAGACGAUUGUUUCUCAGACGAAUACGACUGCUCACGGAUCAAGUCAUGGCUGAUCGUCCACCUAUGUACUGCAGAGUUGAUGCGACUGUGCCCAUCUUGCGCUUAUGGUUUGAUGAAGAAGCUGAAAUAAAGCAGGACCUACGCCUGACCAGGACAGCCAUGAACAGCCUGCAGAGGCUUCUAGACAGGAAUCAAGAUCAUGGCUGGGGAAAUCAACUAGAGGUCCUCAUAUAUACCUAUUGGUUGGCACACGGACUCUCCUACCGGGUGGUGGCAAAAGUUUUCAAUGUCCCCAGGCCAACAGUAUUUCGAGUAAUACACAAGGUGGCACAGAAUAUUUGGAACAAUUUAAACAAAGCUAUUUCCUUCCCACAUGACCUGCAAGCUGUGGGUCAAGGAUUUGUGGCUCUAUCGGGGACCCCUGCAUUCCACAACGUUGUAGGGGCGAUAGAUGGCACACACAUUCGGAUUAAACCACCAGUACUACAUCGUCUAGACUACCUUAACUACAAAGGCUUUUACUCCAUCAAUAUGCAGGCCAUAUGUGAUGCAGAAGGAAGGUUCCUGGACAUCUUCGUGGGUUACCCUGGGUCAGUCCAUGACACGCGUGUGAUGAAAAACAGCUCCUUUUACACAUCUGGACGUUACCCCCCGCCAGGAUACAUUAUUCUGGGUGAUGGUGGGUACCCCUGCCUCCAGACCCCAAUAUGCCUGCUCACACCAUACAAAGAGCCAGUACGUGGACGAGUGCAACAACGCUUCAAUUACCGCCAAUCAAAGGCACGCAGCAUAAUUGAGCGUGCCUUUGGGGUAAUGAAAACAAGGUGGAGGUCAACUCUGUUCCGGGCACUGGAAGUCAAACCUACCUUUGCACCCCAGGUUAUUGCUUCAUGUGCAUUCUUACACAAUGUGUGCUUGGACAAUGGAGACACACUGGAUCCUGACGAGGAUAUUGCCAGGGAUGAUCUUGACCCCCAUCCUCCCCAUGAACCAAUGGCACUCAACGAAGCCUCAGGGAAUGCUGCACGCGACGCACUGGCUGCCCAAGUUUCCGGGGAUGUGCAGGCCACAUGAAGAGACAUGUUGCACUGUUGAUUUUCCUUCAUGAGAAUUAUUUGUAAUAUAUUUAAGAAUUUUUAUAGUAUUUUAAUAUUGUUCUUCUGUUUUGCCCCAAUUUCUAAUCUGUUGGCAUUCAUGUGUUUGUAUUGUUGUAUAAAUGUUAUUGUUACAUAUUUUCUUAUUGCACUUUUAUUUUUUUUUUAACAAUAGCCUGAGCACUAAGAAAGGAAGUUUUUAAUGAUGAUUAGGCAUGUUCUUACCUUGGUAUUAUUUUUUGUUCCAGAAGUGGAGUGAGGUGUAGUGGGAUUUCUACAAUUGUUUGCA